CGCCCCGGUCGCUGCUGCCCGGGAGAUGCCGCUCGGCGCGCGGGGACCCGGGGCUCCGCUGCGCACCGGCCCCCGCCGCAGGGACCCGUGAGCACGUUCAGAAGUUGCCACGGAGACCCUGACGGCUCUUGUCUCGACUCUGAGGGCCAGCAAAGCUAGUGAAUUAACUGCACCAGGCCUAGACCCACAGUGCCCUCAGUGACAGGCUGAUCGGAGUGGAUUUGCUGUCUGGAUCCAGACAAACUCUCUUUUCUGAAUCAUCCUGAAUUUAUCAACAUCUUUCUUGAAUUGAGGGCACCAGAACUGGACACAGUAUUCCAGGAACGAUCAAACCAGUGCCAAAUACAGAGAAUCUGGGUGCAGAAUUGUUCUCUGGCACCUCGUCAAGCAAAUAGUCAACAGAACUCCAAGUCCUUGCUCUGCUGCAGCCUCAGGACACAGAGAACCCCGGGAGGCAGAGUGUGAAAACAAAAGAGUCCAGUGUGAGCACCACAGGGGAAACUUGGCUGAAUAAAAGGUUAUGGGUUAAGCAGCUGGAUCACACGUGUGGACUGGGGAUCUGCCAGCUGGGGAAAGCAAGGACACCCAAGAGGAUUUCUUUUUGGUCCCUCCCCCUGUUUUUAAUAUCGAAUCAGCUCCCCUCACCCCCACCCUUCCUCGCGCUGUGACUCGUGCUGGGGAUCUGGGGGCUCGCUCCUUCCCCUGCCCAAGUUGGAAUCCUUUCUGCGACCCUCGCACCACGAGCAGCUGAGCGCCAGCAUGAUGGACACUGAUGGCCAGCUCUGACGUGCAUGGCGGCCUGUGGCGAGUGACCGCGCUGUGCCGGCGAGGGACCCGAGCCGAUAGGGCACUGCUGCCAAGCCGCCCACCAGCACCGGGGACAGAGAGACUGCGAGGGAGCACAGUGCGGGGCGCCUCAGCCAGCUGCACGGGGAGCGGAAGGGGAACCCCACACCCUCUCAUUGCGCUGCUAGGCCAGCUCACCCGAUUGCUCCUUUCUGGUGCUGCGCAUCCCCACUGCCGACAUGAUGAUGUAUUUCUGGGGUAAUCAGGACGCCACGGCUCCUCCUGAAGCAAUGGCUCAGCCCUACCCCCCCGCCCAGUAUCCUCCGCCUCCCCAGAAUGGAAUCCCUGCAGAGUACGCACCCCCGCACCCCCACUCCACACAGGACUACUCGGGGCAGAGCACAGUACCGGAGCACCCCAUGACCCUCUACACACCAGCACAGAGCCACGCCGAGCAGCCGGGCGCUGAUGCCAGCACGCAGUCCAUAGCUGGGACGCAGACGGUAUCGGUAAGAGCCCCCGUGGAGCCCCGGGUGGGCAGCAGGGCCUUUCAGCAGACAGAUGAAGCUGCGCAGACAGAGAGCCAACAGCUCCAUUCCUCAGAAAACACAGACAAGCAGCAGCCCAAGAGGUUACACGUCUCCAACAUCCCCUUCCGGUUCCGGGAUCCAGACCUACGGCAAAUGUUUGGGCAAUUCGGGAAGAUCCUCGACGUGGAGAUUAUUUUCAAUGAGCGGGGCUCCAAGGGUUUUGGGUUUGUAACUUUUGAAACUAGCACAGAUGCCGACCGGGCACGAGAGAAGCUGAAUGGCACAAUCGUAGAGGGACGGAAAAUUGAGGUGAAUAAUGCCACAGCCCGAGUCAUGACCAACAAAAAGGCUGCAAAUCCCUACAUCAAUGGCUGGAAGCUGAACCCGGUGGUGGGAGCUGUCUACAGUCCUGAAUUCUAUGCAGUAACAGGGUUCCCGUACCCAGCCACAGGGACAGCCGUGGCAUACCGAGGGGCGCACCUACGGGGCCGGGGGCGUGCUGUCUACAACACGUUCCGCGCUGCACCCCCACCUCCACCUAUCCCCACCUAUGGCGCGGUCGUUUAUCAGGAUGGAUUCUAUGGCGCAGAAAUUUACGGGGGUUACGCAGCCUACAGAUACGCCCAGCCAGCGGCGGCGGCAGCAUACAGCGACAGCUACGGCAGAGUGUACGCAGCCGCAGACCCGUACCACCACACCAUCGGCCCUGCUGCCACGUACAGCAUUGGCACCAUGGCUAGUCUAUACCGAGGAGGGUACAGCCGCUUCACUCCCUACUAGCAAGACACCCAGCCCCUCCCAACACUAACACUGACUGCUCACUAGAAACCAAACAAACCAAACUAAGCCAAGGCAGAGCCUCCCGGAAGAACACAGUGCCCCUGCCAGGGGCCAGGGCUCCGCCCGGCUCAGCACGGCACCUAGAACCAUAGGUCUUUACCUCAAGCUGCUCUCAUCCCACGGCUCUUUGUUCACCCACCUGUCUGUCUGUGACCUGCCCUGGCUGAACUGACUGUGUUGCAAAGCAAGCAGCCUGGCCACUGCCCUGCUGCAGGGCUGGGGCGCGUCCUGCUCUCCCUAGACGUACAACCAGCAGCGAACCACGGGAGAGCGCCCAGGCUAAGCCCCCUUCUCUGCCCCCGCUGCCAGGAACACGUGAAGUCCAAAGGCCAGGGCGUUCCAAGAGAGCUGCCUUCCUGCACAGAGCCGCGCCUGGCUUGGCACAGUCCUCCAUUCCUUGGUCCUCUUCACUGCCCCAGCUCCCUCCAGCAUCUCUGUGGCAGGCAAGCCUGCUCCUGCUAGGCUGGGCUUGUUCUUCUCGUGCAGUGACACCACAGCUGUUUCCUUCUGGGACCAGGAAGGGCAAAACAAAUUAAAAACAAAGCAACAAAACACAAAACAAAGAGGCAACCAACCAACCGAGUCCCAUACUGUCCACACACAUGCACCAAGCAAGCAGGAGGCGCUGCACCCGCCUGACUCACGGAGAGUACACACCGAGCGACCGACCGGACAGCGCCACGGCCAGCUGGGCAGAGAGCCGCCCCUCUCCAGCUCCACCCCUGCCCUGGCCAGCAGCCAUGUUGGGAGACUUGGGGCCCCCUCCCCUCCCCUGCCUGCUGGUGCUUCCAGCCCAGGGCAGGGAGGGUGAGAGUGAGCAGUGCGGAGUGCUGGGACAGCCUCGGAGCGAGGACUCUGCCAGCCCAAGGCACCCGGCCUGGGCACCGCGUCUUCCUUUCUGCCCUCCCACGCCUGUGCUGUGGGUGCCAGGGCCCUGGGCAGAGCACCGCAGCAGCCCGCAUCCUCCCGCAGCUUUGGGGGACUUGGCCUCAGGGUAGGAUUCUUGCUUUUUGUUUUCAGAGCUCCAAUGCUUUUGCACUUGCUGGCCACUGGUGUGUUGAGUGUGUGAGGCCUCAGCUCUCUGAGCAGAGGUGGGAUGGUUGAUGCAGCAGCACCUUUGCCGGGGCUGCUGAGUGUUGCAGGGGAAGAGCGGCUGUGUUUAAGAGGGAUAUUAGCUACGUGGAGGUUGUAGCUCCCUUGCAUUUUCAUCGCCCCGGUGCCCUGAGCUCCUGGCUUCCCCCAGCCCCAUGGGGCUAAAGCCAAACGGGAGCUGCUUCCUGCUCCACACCCACCCGGGGCAGAUGGAGUCGAGAAGAGGCUGCAUCUGUAGGCCACAACAUGCCGCACCAGGGAUCAUAGCAGCCCCUGCCCCCCAGCAUGGAGCCUGAGGAGGCCAUGUGAUCCUACAGUGGCUUUCUCAGCCACCCCAUCACCACUGGGGGGCAGGGAGCCAAGCUACGUGUACCCCAGCCAUCCCUGGGGCACACACACCUCUUAGUGGUGGCUGCAGGGUCCCUGCUCAGAGCCAGGCCUGCCCCAAGCCCCAGUCCCAUGCCAGCUAGGCGCUGGAGAGGCCCACCAGGGUGAGGGUCACUAUGGGCAGGGCAUGGGAAGCAGUGGGCAGGAUUGGGCAGUGAGGGGAGGACAGUGCUGGCUCUGAACCAGACAGGUGGGGGCAGCUGGGCUCUAAGGCUGGGUGCGCUGCUAGCCAGGGCACCAGAUGCCCCAGGGCCUUGCCAGCUUCUUUCAGCUGCUCACCCACAGCUGGCACAGUCCAGUUGUGCCAAAGACCAGAGGCACUUCCCCCCCAGCAGCCUCGCGGGAUUAGGGUGGGCCACGGAGCUGUUUGUGAGGCUGUUUGGGAAGGCAGGUGGCUGGCUGAGCCGGAUGAAUCCAGUAGGUCUCCCAACAUGGCUCUGUCAUCUCAUGAAACUUCACUUUAUAUUCAGCAUACGCUCCUGAGGCUCCAGCCAUGAGCUCCUCCUUUUCUAUUCCCGUUGUACAUAGCCCCUUCCCAGCCAGCCCCCACUCCACUGUACAAAGCCCCUUCCAUUUGCUGUGCGGCCACCGCCCUGGCAGUCCCCCGGCCCAGAGCGCAGGCUGGCACCCGCCCAUUCUGUAUGCUUCAAAGCUGUGAUCAUUCUACUAAACAGUAUUAUUGAGGAUUAUUAUUAUUAAGAUUAUUAAUAAAGAUUUCUUUCUUCAAC